CUCAAGCGCGUCCAGCUGGGUAGAUUCUUAAUACCAUUCAAAGUACCUGUAAUUUCUAAUUUCUUCUUGUACAUACAAUUUUGUGAUUUCGAGCCUAUCAUCAGCAGACAUGGCUAGAAUCACACUUGGAAAGAGAACCAGAAGCUCAACUGAGUUUGCUACGUCUACUCGACUUACGGGGGAAACUACAACCUGCAUUGUCGACCCGGAGGUCCAGCUUCCUGCGAAACGUGUGAAGCGCCAGACACGCAGCUGCCCCAUCCCCGAUGAGAACGCAGACCGCGAGGUUCUUACCGUCACAGAGGAGGACAGGGAAGAGGCAAUUGCUUCUGAGAUCACAGAGGAGUCGCUGUCGAGCUUCCCGCAAGACCGUGGUGUAUUUACCUUCAGAAGUGGGAAGACGCGCAGAACAGAAACGACGCCAAUUGAUGGCAACUGCAACCCCAUAACUCCCAGCACACUACGGUUUCGAGAUGCGCUUGCUUUAACACCCGUCACCCCCCGUCAUCGGGUCAUGUCCGUUGGCAAAGUGUCGAAGCGACUCACACCGCAAACCCCUCUCACACCUUCCUCCGUACAGACCGUGUAUCACCACGCGCGCCAACUCUUCUCACGGAAUGCCGGCCCGAGCCAAUUGAUUGGACGGGACGCAGAACGAAUACAACUACGGGGCUUUCUGCAACGAUGUUCCAAAUCGAACCCGAGCGGAUGUCUUUAUGUCAGCGGACCACCUGGGACCGGCAAGAGUGCCAUGGUCAACGAGUUGACUCAAGAGGUGGCUGAGGCUUCGAACGUGAAGAAGGCAUGCAUUAAUUGCAUGAGCAUCAAGUCUUCUAAGGAUCUGUAUGCAACACUUCUAGAUCUCGUCUGCGACGAGACCGAAAUCGAUGAGGUAGAUGCUGCUUCGACCCUCCAGAAGCUUUUCAUGCCGCGCAAGAAGUCGUCAGAUGUGUACUUGGUUGUCUUGGACGAGAUUGAUCAUAUUCUCACACUUGACUUGGAGAGCCUGUACCGACUCUUCGAAUGGUCCCUCCAGAAAACAGCGCGUCUCGUCCUCGUUGGCAUUGCCAAUGCUCUAGAUCUGACCGAUCGGUUCCUGCCCAGGCUCAAGUCUCGGAAUCUCAAGCCCAACCUCCUACCAUUCCUACCCUACUCCGCCAUUCAAAUCAAGACAAUCAUCACCACCCGACUCAGGAGUCUUGUAUCUGAGGGAAGCCAAUUGCCCUUCAUCCAUCCAGCAGCAAUUGAGCUGUGCGCUCGGAAAGUCGCGAGCCAGACAGGCGACUUGCGCAAAGCAUUCGAGAUAUGCCGCCGAGCCAUUGACUUGGUGGAAAUGGAAACGAAGCAAAAACACGAGUGGGAGAUCAAAGAGAAAAUUCUCUUAGCUACACCAUCUCGGAAGGUAUUGGGGGAGAACAACAACUUAUCAUCGUCGUCGAAGAGAACGCCUGAGAAAAGCUUGUCGGCGUCGUUGAUUGCUUCUCUGAAGAAUCUAACGAUAGAGACUGCGCCGAGAGUUACGAUUGCGCACCUAAACAAGGUUACGGCAGCGGCAUUCAGCAAUGGGACAAACCAACGGCUAAAGACUCUCAACCUGCAGCAAAAGGCGGCAUUGUGCUCUCUUGUCGCACUCGAGAAACGCAACAGAGCCCAUAAAGCUUCUGUUUUCUCAACUCCUUCUAAGGCAUACGUUUCUGCGCCGAGCAUUAAAAUUCUUUACGAGACUUACUGCCGCCUUUGCACGAGCGACUCAGUGUUGCACCCGUUGUCCAGCUCUGAAUUUCGGGAAGUGGUGGGCAGCCUAGAAACUUUGUCUCUAGUGAGUGCCGUGGAUGGCAAGACUGGUUCUUUUACCAUGUCGCAGACUCCUAGCAAGGGUCGGAAGAAGAGUGUAUUUGGAUCCGGUGUGGGAGUAGCGGACGAGAAGCGAGUAGCAAGCUGUGUAGGGGAGAAGGAGAUGGAGCAGGCAGUAGAAGGACUUGGAGCUGGGAUUCUACAAAGCAUAUUGAGCGGCGAGGCAUUGGAUUAGAUGGAGCCGUCAUGUGAGAUUUCGGACUGAAUGCAUGCAUGGCGUUUGGAGUUUUGAGGGAACACUUGGCUACUGCUGGACACAAUUUCUCUGGACCACAGCAACGCCCAUUAUCGUUGGUUUGCUUUGGAUGAGAGACACUAUUAAUAGACAUUUCAAAGUGCUGC